GUGUCUCCGCCCACAACCACGGGAGUGCGCCCCCCCGCCGACGGCGCAGCGCGCGCCACGUCUGCCCCUGCAAAUCCCCAACCGAGGGAAGCAACUGGGUAUUUCCAUCGCGCAAGGCCGCAGCAUAGAAAACGCCCAAUUCAGAUUGCAUGGCCGCCACAGGCUGGUCGGAGCUCCCCUCGGAGCUCCUCACCGACAUCGCCGGCUGGAUCACCGAGCUCGCCGACAUCGCGCGCUUCCGCUCCGUCUGCUCCUCCUGGCGGACGGCGGCGGUAGACGCCGCUGCCGCGCCCCCGCCGCAGCCGCCGUGGCUCCUCCUCCCGUCCUCCCCGUCCCGGCUCUUCUUCUGCCCCCGGGAGGACCGCAUCUACCCGGACCUCCGGCUGCCUCCCCCCGCAGCGGAGGCCCACCGCCGCCGCCGCCGCCUCUACGCGUCCCCGCAUGGGUGGGCCCUCGCCAUCGACCCCACCGAUCUGGCAGCCUCCCUCGUCCAUCCCUUCACCGGCGGGACCCGCCCCCUCCCGCCGCUCCCCGCUUUCUUCGCGGAGACCGACGACCUGGUCUGGGACUGGUCCCCGCACGGCGUCAUGGCAUCAUGCGGUGAGGGCCUCCUCUUCUGCGCCUCCGACCCGCAUGCCGCAUCCUGGGCCCCGAUCCCCGCCCUGGCCGACUGCAAUGCGAGCAGCAUCAACUACGCCGACGGCGAGUUCUUCGUCUUCGAAGAGGACGUCUGCCGCACCACCAUCGUCGACGCCGUCACCCUCGCCGUCGCCGCCGUCAUCCCGGCGCCCGCCGUCGAGCUCACCUCCGAGGCGCGUCUCGCGGUGGCCGGCGACGAGCUCUUCCUCCUCGUCAAGUCCAAGUGGAUGUACCUCUUCGGCAACGACGUGGACUUCUCCAAGGCCUUCCACGUCAAUCAUCGCAGCGUCGAUCCGGCCUGGCAGGAGCUCACAGACAUCGGCGACCGCGCGCUGUUUGUGGAUUCCCUCCACGGGUUCGCGGUGCAGACCGCGGGUUUUGGCAAUCUUGAGAGCAACACCAUCUACUCGGUGAGCAGCAAGGCGGUGGAUUACAGGCGUCCCACCACGGUAAAGUAUAGCGUGUCGGCGUUUAGCCUGGAAAGCCGUAGCUCCAAGAAACUUGCGUGCCGGCUGAACGGCCGGGAGAUGGCGAUGCGUGGUGUGGCGCCAUCGUGGAUCAUACCGAGCUUGAAUGAAGGUUGAGGAGUCUGCUGGACAAUUGUGUUGAUAUCUGGCUCUAGAUUGAUAAGAUAGAUGGGUGGUGCAUUGAGGACAUUUGGGUGAUCUAAUCUAGGAGGGCAUGUGUGGUCAGGUUGUGUUGGAUUUCUGGCGAAGCUUUGCGAUUGCUUAUUCAGCAAUGACUGGGCCAUCCUGAGGAGGAAAAUGUUCUGAAAAUGAUGUGCCAGUUCUACGGGGUUAGGAGAUGGACAAGGAUGGGAUAAAGAAAAGGAUGAUGAUAGAGGAUGAUGCAUGGGCGGCAGGGAAUGGAGUGAUAGUUGAUAGGAUUGCUUGUGUGCGAUAAUGAAGCACCGAAUUCUGCCAUUCGUACUAGAAUUCUUCACUUCCUCUAGAACGAAAGAGAAUCACCAAUGAUAAUUGAGUCUGACUCGAUGAUGAUGGCAGCAGCUGGAGGACAUGGACAUGUUGAGCUAACCCUGCUGGAACUAGAGACGUUCAUGUAUUUUAUUGCAUAUGUGGUUGCUUCUGGUAUAAAAUGAGGAUGGUUUUACUUCGA